AUGGAAAUUUUGGCGAUGAAGAAUAAUUUCGAUUACACUGUUAUCAAAUCCACGAGAAAAUGGUGGUAUAUUCGAUGUAAGGAUGCAUUGUGCAACUGGACUGUGCGUGCAGAAGGAAUAGAUGGGUCUACAUAUUUCAUGAUCAACCAAUGUGAUGGAAGACAUUCAUGUGCUCCUUCAAAGAAAAGGAAAUUCGGAAAAACAGCAUCGGCAAGAACAAUUGGGACUCUGAUACAACAUCGAUUUGAUGAUGCAAACGAUGGCCCAAAACCGAAUGACAUCAUUCAAUUUAUGAGAAUGGAGCAUAGUUGUGAGAUUACUUAUUGGCACGCUUGGGAAGCUCGUGAGUUUGCUAUUGCAGCUGCUAGAGGUAUACCAGAUCGCAGUUACUCUAAAAUACCAGCAUAUUUGCAUAUGAUUAAAGAAGCAAAUCCUGGUACGCAUACUCACUACGAAACUAAUGAGAAGGGAAGAUUCAUGUAUCUAUUUAUGUCAUUUGGGCAAUCAGUUAGAGGAUUCUACAAUGCAAUGCGAAGGGUGAUUGUCGUUGACGGAACUUUUCUGAAAAAUAAAUACAAAGGGACACUUCUUGUUGCUACUGCUGUAGAUGGUAACUCUAAUUUGUAUCCGAUUGCAUUUGGGGUUGUUGAUUCAGAGAAUGACGAUUCAUGGGGGUGGUUCUUCAGACAGUUGAAAGUGGUUAUUGCUGAUUGUCAAGAUCUAGCUUUUGUCUCAGAUAGAAAUGCGUCUAUUUCUAAAGCUAUUGGGACUGUCUACCCUCGAUCAGCACAUGGAAUUUGCAUUCAUCACUUAUUGACCAAUGUGGUCUCAUUUUUCAAGACAAAAGGAUUGACUGCGUUGGUGGAAAAGGCUUCACGGGCAUAUAGGUAUGACAUUAGGACCACGAACCCUGCAGAGUCUAUAAAUUCAGUUCUUAGAAUACCUAGAGAAUAUCCGGUUAUUCCUUUGCUUGAUAGUAUAAGAGAACUGUUGACUCGAUGGUUCUAUGAGCGUCGCUUGUUAAGCUCAAAGCAUCUAGAUCCUUUAACCGCUAAGGUGGAGAGAAAGAUUGAUAGGAGAAUUGUGAAGGCAAAAGGAUUCCAGGUUUACAAGGUUGACAACUUCAGAUCGGUUGUAAAAGGAGACAUAUAUGAUUGUCAUGUUGAUUUGGAAAGAAGAACAUGCACAUGUGGUAUGGAAGUGCACAGAUUCACUGGCGCCUUAUACAGCAUUGCAGCGUGGAGAACCGCCUAUGCAGAUUCCAUUAAUCCAAUAGCAGUUCUAGAGUCCGAAUGGAAUGUCCCUGCUGAGGUCAAACUUGCAAAGGUUUUACCACCAAAGACAAGAAAGAGUGCUGGUCGACCAGUAAAGAGAAGGUAUGAAUCAGUAGAAGACAAGAUCGCAUCUUCUCAAGGAUCAAUGAAGAAUAAAAAGCAUAAGUGCAGCCGUUGUGGACCUGAAGGACACAAGAGAGGAACAUGCGAUUUACCCAUCUAG